AUGGCUCCCGCGGCCUCGCGUCGGUCCCGCCGCCGCGUUCGAAGCUCCGCGCGGCCCGGGACGUGGUCCCGCUCGGCCGAGGACUGGUGGUGGGAACGGCUGGCGCCUCGCGGCUCUGGGUAUCACCUGCUGCAGACGGACAGUAUGCUGCUCGUGAUGCCCGGCCUGGAGCCCUCCCGCGCCCGUCCUCACCGGCGCGCUACCCGCCGCGCCCCUCGGCCGCUGGCUCGUAGCUGUACGGCGACUGCCAAGCUCCGGGCCCGGCCCCGGCCAGAGCCGACGCCAGAGCCGGGCCCCGACGCGGGCUGGGGAGACCGCAUUCCCGUGGAAGUCCUGGUGCAGAUUUUCGAGCUGCUGGUGGCGAGCGACGGGCCCGUGCCAUUCCUUGGCAGGGCUGCGCGAGUGUGCCGCCUCUGGCACGAGGCCUCCUCCCACCCCGCGCUCUGGCACACUGUGACUCUGUCGCCUCCUGUGGUUGGUCGGGCUGCCAAGGGUAGCCUUAAGGCGGAGAAAAAGCUCCUUGCUUCUCUGGAAUGGCUCAUACCCAAUCGGUGCUCACAGCUCCAGAGGCUGACUCUCAUCCAUUGGAAGUCUCAGGUACACGCUGUGUUGAAGCUGGUUAGCAAGUCCUGUCCUCAGCUCACCUUCCUCAAGCUUUCGGACUGCCACAAUGUGACUGCUGAUACUCUGGUCAUGUUAGCCAAAGCCUGCUGCCAUCUCCACAGCCUGGACCUCCAGCAUUCCAUGGUGGAAUCUACAGCUGUGGUGAGCUUUUUGGAGGAGGCAGGACUCCGUAUGCAUAAGCUGUGGUUGACCUACAGUUCCCAAACAACAGCCAUUUUGAGUGCACUGCUGGGCAGUUGCUGUCCCCAGCUCCAGGUCCUGGAGGUGAGCACUGGCAUGAGCUGCAAUAACACUCCUCUGCACCUGCCAGUGGAGGCUCUGCAGAAGGGCUGCCCUCAACUACAGGUGCUGCGGCUAUUGAACCUGAUAUGGCUGCCCAAGCCCUGCGUGCGAGGGGUGGCCCCAGGACCAGGCUUCCCCAGGCUAGAGGAGCUCUGCCUAGCUGGCUCUGUCUGCACCUUUGUGAGCAAUGAUGUCCUAGCCCGCCUACUCCAUGGCUCCCCUAAUCUGCGCCUCCUGGAUCUUCGUGGCUGUUCCCGGGUCACGCCUGCUGGCCUGUGUAGUCUGCCAUGUCAGGAGCUGGAGCAGCUGCACCUGGGCCUCUAUGGCAUAUUGGACUGGCUGACCCCAGUUAAGGAGGGCAGUUCACUGUUGACCCAGAAGUGGCAUCACACCCUGCGGGAACUGGACUUCAGUGGCCAGGCCUUCAGCGAAAAUGACUUGGAGCGGGCCCUUACUGUUUUCUCAGGCAGCACUGGGGUCUUACGCCCAGCCUUGUGUUCUCUCAACCUCAGGGGUACUCGUGUCACACCAAACACAGUCAGUUGUGUGAUUAGCAGCUGUCCAGGCUUGCUCUACCUCAACCUGGAGUCCUGCCGCUGUCUUCCCAGGGGCCUGAAGCGUGUCUAUCGUGGCCUAGAAGAAAUCCACUGGUGUUUGGAGCAGCUGCUAACCAGCCCACCCUCCCCCAGAUAGUCAUCUGGGUUUAGGAACCUACUAGCCCUGCCCCCUUUUUCACUUUGAGAUGUUUGAAUUUUUUGUUACAAUAAAACAUUUUUAGGAA